GCAGUGGCUUUGGGCUUUGCUCGCUGGAGUUUUUCUUCGCUAUGAUUGACAGACGCAGCAGAGGUUUACACGGGCAUGUCCUCACAUUCGCUCGGCUUUUAUCCUAACUAAAAGAUCUGCAGAAAUGGCGAGUGAAGAAAGGAGCCACAGUUCUCGCCAUUUAUUAACAGAAACCAGAACAUCAUUUGUCGCUUUACUGCGGAUGUUAUUUAUUGCUUUUAUUCACACGACGCGGGCAAAUCAACAAGCAUUCAUACAAUCAGACACCAUCUUAGAAGUUCUACAUUUUGGUGAGGGGAGUCUAUUACAGGCGGACUCCGAUAUUGAUUUUAGUUUAUAUCACCAACAAAGCACGUCCCCGCAUCGAGGGAAUUGCCGCCCUAUAAGAUUUGAACCUCCAAUGUUGGAUUUCCAUGAACAACCUGUUGGAAUGCCAAAAAUGGAGAAAGUUUAUUUACAUAAUCCUAGCUCAGAAGAAAUAAGUUUGAUAUCAAUAUCAGCAACAACAGCACAUUUUCAUGCAUCCUUUUUCCAAAAUAGGAUAAUUCCCCCUGGAGGAAACACAUCAUUUGAUGUUGUUUUUCUCGCUCGAGUAGUUGGAAAUGUAGAAAACACUUUAUUUAUUAAUACUUCACAUCAUGGAGUCUUCACAUACCAGGUUUUUGGGGUAGGCAUCCCAAACCCAUACAGGCUGCGUCCGUUUAUAGGGGCCCGUGUCCCGGUGAACAGCAGCUUCUCUCCUCUCAUCAACAUCCACAACCCGUUUAGUGAGCCUCUACAGGUUGUGGAGAUGUACUCCAGUGGUGGGGACCUGCACCUAGAGCUUCCCACUGGACAACAAGGAGGGACUGGGAAACUAUGGGAGAUUCCUCCAUUUGAAACAAAGGGAGUGAUGAGAGCCAGUUUCUCGUCUAGAGACGCAGACAACCACACAGCGUUUAUCCGAAUAAAAACCAACGCCGCGGAUGAUCAGUUCAUCAUCCUCCCAGUGGAAGUGGAGGUCUCGUCAGCACCUGGUAUAUACUCCUCUACAGAAAUGCUUGACUUUGGCACACUGCGGUCACAAGAUCGGCCAAAACUGCUAAAUCUACACCUCUUAAAUUCAGGAACCAAAGACGUUCCAAUAACAAGUGUACGCACAACACCGUCAAAUGACGCUGUUACAAUAGACUUCAAAGCAGUAACACUUAAAGCAGGAGAAAGCAGAUAUACCAAAGUAGCAAGUAUAAGUUUUGAUGCAUCUAAAGCCAAAAGACCAUAUCAGACUUCGGGUAAAAUAACAGUAAAAGCAAAAGAAAAGAGUUACUCCAAGCUUGAAAUCCCUUACCAAGCAGAAGUGUUAGAAGGGUACCUAGGGUUUGACCACACAGCAACAUUGUUCCACAUCCGGGACAGUCCAGUCGACCCAGUAGACAGGCCCAUUUAUCUCACAAAUGCCUUCAGCUUUGCUAUCAGGAUCCAUAAUGUGUCACUGCCGGAGGAGGCAAAAACCAUGUUCAAUGUGCAGAACUUCAGCGCGCCCAUCGUCAUCCCACCUCACGAGUCCCGGAACAUCUUCUCCCUUUUGUUCAGACCGAUCCGACCAUCCAUUCACAUUGACAGCAACCUCCUCCUCAUCACAAACGCAUCCAAGUUCCACCUGCCGGUCCGGGCUUACACUGGCUUCCUCGAGCCCCUAGUCCUGCCCCCCAGUCUGAGGGAAAACCUGCUGGACUUUGGCAUUCGCAGUGCUACUGACACCAGCAGCAUCACGUUUGUUGUGGUUAACAGCAAUCCCAUAGAGUUGGAGCUGAAGUCGUGGCUGGUGACUGGAGACAGCCUCUCCAUGGAGCUAUUGAGGACAGAGAGGGGGAACAGCACCGUGGCUCUGAGUCGCCUCCGAGAACUGCAGAACGCUUCUGCUUCUUCACACAGAACGGCGAUACUGGCAUCUGGGUAUUACGCAGUGUUUCGAGUCACGCUGAUUGCCAAGGCGCUUGAGGGCACAUACGACGGAGCUGUUCACAUAACCACAGACUAUGAGAUCUUAACCCUCCCAGUGAAAGCGCUCAUCGCUGUGGGAGCGUUAAGCAGCUCUCCCAAACACAUAGUUUUGCCGCCUUCAUUUCCAGGUAAAGUGGUCCACCAGAGCCUGAGUAUCCAGAGUUCAUUCACACAGAGAGUUCGUCUGCAGCAGAUUCGCUCCCUCACUGAAGACAUCCGCUUCUUUUACAAACGACUCAGAAACAACAAGGACGAGCUGGAGCCCAGACGAAAAUCAAAGGUGGCAAAUAUUUAUUUUGAUGCCAGCUUGCAGUGUGGUGAUCACUGUUAUGUGGGGCUGCCAUUUGUGCUUAAAUCUGAGUCAAAGCCUCAUGUACAGGCUUUGCAGGAAGACAUCUGGGAUGCAGACGUCGACCUUCAUCAAAAACUCCUGCGAAGAUGGAUGGAGCUGAAAGAGCGCAUGGGACACAAGAUUGAAGCGGUUUUUGAAGUGAACACAGAUCUGCAGAAAAACGUUCAGGCCAAAGUUACAGCUCAACUGACCUGGCCCUCCCUCGUCAACUCCUCACAGAGAAUAACCUUUCCUCUCACCAACACAAACUCCUCCUCUGAUGAGGAGGUGAUACUUCAAAACCCAGCGGAUGUCCCAGUUUAUGUUCAAGUCCUCCCUUUGGCCCUGUUACCAAAUCCCUCGGUGUUCUCUGGGAAAUUGGCAGACAGGUUCCCUUUAGGAAACUUAUCUAAUAUCAACAUUGAUCUAAAAACACUCGAGUUCCAAGUUCACAGAAACCAAACCUCAGUAGUGAAGGGCAGCUCCGGCUUUGUAGAGGGAUCAACUAAACCCUUCGUGUUCAACCUGCUCCUGCUGCCUGGAGAAAUCAAAUCAUUCAAUGUCCGGUUCACUCCCAUCAGUAACCACAGUGUCUCCUCUCUCCUCAUUGUCAGGAAUAACUUGACAGUGAUCGACACCAUUGUGCUCCAUGGACACGGUACCACAGAAAGUCUGAAGGUAGCAGGAAAGGCACCAGGACAGGGCAGUUUUCUGAGGUUUAAAAUGACAGAAGGGCUGCUCAGAGACUGCACAGACAAAACAAAAGUGAGGGAGCCCAACUUCACUCUGAAGCGGACAUUCCGAGUGGAGAACACUGGCCUGCUCCCGAUCACCCUGCGGCCCGCCCAGAUUAACGGUCAGAUCUGUGAAGGCUAUGGCUUCAAGGUCCUCAACUGUCAGGAGUUCACCCUCAAACCAAACACCUCUAAGGACCUCACCAUUCUCUUUACGCCUGACUUCACAUCCUCUCGAGUGAUCCGGGAGCUGAAGCUGGUCACGUUGGGAGGCUCAGAGUUUGUGUUUGUGUUGAAUGCAUCGUUGCCGUACCACAUGUUGGCCACGUGUGCUGAGACACUGCCCCGGCCCAGCUGGGAACUGGAGCUCUACAUCAUUGUGUCUCUGAUCAUGAGCUCCAUGUUCCUUCUGGUGAUUGCUACAGCCUGGAUUGAAGCUAAAAGCAUCUGGGAGCCUUUCAAAAGACGUGUUUCAGUGGAGUCCAAUAAUCUGGAGACUGGGAAACCGUUUAAUCUCAGGGAAAUAGUGCAUGACCACAGUAACUCACAUGACCUGCCCCAGAACACCAGAGGAUACUAUGCCAAUGGUUCUGCUCGGCUUGGCGGGCGACAGAACAGUGACCAGAGACACAGAACGGGCCUAACCCGCUCCUCUAUGCCUAAUGCCUCCACUCAGAGUGCCAAAGGGAGCGUUCCGGACAGUCAGCUCAUCAACCGCAAAACCCGCUCCAACAAGCAGACAGAGGGCCAGAGAGGACUCUGUCCUGAUGAGGACUAUGCCAGUCUGAUCGGAGCGAUGGACAAUGACCUGGACCGGCCUGAUGCGGUCAGCUCAGAGGUGCUACAGGAGACAAACACUCAGCUACAACACAAAGCUUUGGAAUCCAAAGGGAAAGUAAGAAAAACAAAGUCUCAAAAGAAGAAAGAAGAGAAAGAGAAAAAAGUGACUUUAAAAACUCAGGGAGAUGAGCUCAAAGAUAAUCUGGCCGAUAAUGAUGACAGCUCCUCCACAACGACAGAAACCUCCAACCCAGAUGUGGAGACCAGCAUCAAAGAGGAACCAAUAAAAAAGAAAGGACGAUCAGUACCUACCACCAACGAAAAAGAUGAAUCUUCAAAUUUUAUACUUAAACCCAAACCCAAAAAACAAGGAACCACAAAAAAAGAGAACCAGCCUGAGAAAUCUAGUUCUCUGGAGUUGCCAUACACCAUUCCUCAAGAAAAACGCAAGAACUUUCAAUCUAAAGGUCUGCACCCUCUGUCCAACCUCCCCAAGCCCCGCCCCCUCCAGAAAAACAGACAAGAUGGUAAAUCGGAGGAAGGGCGCCCCUCUCUUUUAGCCAAAAUGUUGUCCAGCAGCUCAGUGCCAGAGCUGGGCCACAGCAGUAGCUCAGAGGGGGAGAAAGAGUUUGCCUCUCCAGAGUGGGACAUCCCAGACAAUAAUAUCCAAGCUGGUAGUCUUCAUCAGAUCUCGCUCCAGACAAUCCACGCAGACCCAUUUCUCAAAAGAGCCAACUGCUCCCCUCCCCCCACCUCGCCCAGUCUAAAUUCCCGGGGCACCUACAGCAGCGUCCUCAACAGUGACACCAACCAAAAGAAGGCUCCAGGAAGUAAACUCCCCGCAGCCCCUCCUCUCCCAGGGAAAAAUGGAAACCCCACCUUUGCUGCUGUUGCCGCUGCUGGUUACGACAAGAGCCCAGGAGGCUCUGGUCCAGGAAAAGGUCUGAAUCACAUGACUUCAGUGGAGAGUGACAGCUCAGACAGCUCCGGGUUGUGGAGUCCCAUCGACACCGUGAGCAGUCCAGGCAUCCACUCCAACUCGUUCUCUGCCUUUGGGCCUAACAACAACUUCAACCUGACAGGAGUUUUCAGUGGGAUGAACCUGUCAAAGAGCUCGGAGCCGCAGCAGCAGACCUGGCCUGACUUCACCCCUGUGUCCUCCUCCAUCUGGGACGUCCCGAGCAGCGACCCCCUGCACUCCUGGCCUAGCAGCUCCGGCUCGCCCACCGCCCCCACCGCAUCACUCCUCAGCAGCGUCCGUAACCCCUGGUUCGGCAGCUCCAUCUGGUCGACCAGCGCUGACUCCACCCUGAACCCAUUUCCCUCAGCGACCUCCAGCGGCUCACCUCUGACGCCUGACCUGGUCUCUAGCCCGUCCCCCUCAAGCCCCGCCUCCCCAAACGAGCUGAGCCGCACUUACAACCCCUGGAGUAUCUGGAGACCGACUCUGAGCCGCCGCAGCUCCGAGCCCUGGCCUACUUCCAACAACACGGAAAACAACUGAAGACGACAAAAUGAUCAAGCUGAUUAAUUUAAUUUAGGGCUGAACAUUAUGAGGCAAAUGUGGUAUUGACACCCAAAGUGCAAGGUGUACCAUGGCAUAAUAUUGGCCAGUAAUUGAAAACAUUUGGCCAAUUUCAAUAUACUGACCUUAAUAUAGUCCAAUAUUGCAGAAAAUGAUAAAUAAAUAUAAUACUUAUUUUAAUAUAAUCUUAGUCUAAAUUUUUUUUUUCUUCCAAAGCUUUCCAUAUAUUACAGAUAGAAGAAAUCUACAAAUUGGGUGCAAUACUUUUAUUUACAUUUUUAGUUUUAAACUUCUCAAAUUCUUAAUAAGCUAAUUGAACAGAACCAAGUUUAUAUUAAUAACUCUAGAAUAAUAAUUUUGCCUUAUAGUGUGCAGCCCUGAUUUAAACCUUUCAAAGCGUCUAGAAUCCCCAUCCCACAGCAGCGUUACCUCAAGUGUAACUUAUUGGAAGCCACCACUGCAGGCGACCUUUGUUUGUUUAUUUAGUUUCCAUGGCUUUUUAUUUAUGAGGGCGAUAUAUGCUGGCUUUUAUUUUUAUUUGUUUUAACUGUUCGCCCCCUCCAUUACAAAUUUUAUCGGCAAUACAGAACGCUCCCAGUAUCGUUUCAGUACAUGGCCAGAAGGAUGCAGUCUUAGCCGUGUCUUUUUUUUUUCAUCUGGGGUUUUAUUGGUUUGUGAUUUCAAAAUACAAAAAAGGAUUAUUUAAAGAUUUUAAUUGGGUUGAUCAAAUAAGGAUUCAAUAGCCCAAAGCAUUAUGUCUAUUUAAAAGCAGUCUCUAAGUUCAAUAUGGCCUCUACAUUUGGGGUUUGUAUUGUACGUUACAAAUAUUUGUCAACAAAUUUAAAUAAAAGAUUUCAGCAAGCAGCAA